AUGCGCGCCCCGCCGAGCUGUCUGCGCUGGGCGCUGCUGGCCCUGGCGCUGCCCGCCCUGGCGCUGCCCGCAGAGCGGCUGGCGCUGCUGCCGCACGGCGAGGACCGCGGCGAUGCCGAGCUGGAGCCCGGGGACGAUGUGCACUCGGCGGCGCUGGAGCUGAACACGGCGCUGCGCUUCUACGGCGCGGCCGUCCACUCCCUCUAUGUUACUACUAAUGGGAUUAUUGCAGUGAAUGAACCCUCAAGUGAAGAAAAAUACCUUGGUCAAUUCCCAGUGAGUUUUGGGGCUAUUGCUCCUUUUAUGGCAGACCUGGACACAACAGGUGGACGUGGAAAUGUGUAUUACAGGGAAGAUUCAUCCUCAGAUGUCUUGCAACUUGCAUCAGAUUAUAUCAAAAGAGGUUUUCCUGAGACUGCCUUUGAUCCCAGCAGUGUUGUUAUUGUUACCUGGAAGCUUGUGGCUCCUUUCCAGGCACCAGGAGAAGAUCAUGCUUUGGAAGAAAAGAGAAACACAUUCCAGGCUGUCUUAGCCUCUUCUGAUUCCAGUUCCUAUGCUAUUUUCCUUUAUCCAGAAGAUAGUUUGCAGUUCUAUAGCACAUACUCCAAGAAUGGUGAUGAAAAUAUUUCUGCUAUGAUUGGCUUUAGCCAAGCCUCUACAAACUACUACUUUUGGGAAAAGCCAGGAUCCUACAAUGUCAUUGCUAAUGAUGAAGACAGCAUUAGAAACCUGUACAAAAGCAGCAAUGCUGGGAAGCAGGGCGUUUGGGUGUUCGAGAUUGGUAGCUCAUCUGACAGUAUUGUGCCUGCCAAAAUCAGCAAUAUUUUGGAGAGCAUAGAGCCCAUCGAAGAUGACCAGGAGAUAACUUCUAAGCCCUUUAUGUCUGACUAUGGUUCCACUGAAAUAACACAGCAGUAUAUCACAAGUAGUACAGACAGCACUGAAGAGGACCAGCACCUUGUCACAUACAGUGUUCCUCAGUUAGGUACAGAAGACUUUCUGACUUCAUACCAAGAUGUAACAGGAACACCUUCAACUGAGGCUUUUUACAGUCCUCAAAAUUUCCCAACAGCAAAAGCUCCACCUCGCCAGUUUCGGAUCCAGCAGUUUCCCCCGCAACCACCUCAAGUCAUAGAUGUGGAAGAAUUUGAUGAAACUGGAAUAGUGUUUCGCUACCACACAGAUGUCCAACAGACCUGUGCUAACAACCGUCACCAGUGCUCUGUUCACGCUAUUUGCAAGGAUUAUCCCAACGGGUUUUGUUGCAGUUGUAUUGCUGGUUACAAAGGCAAUGGCAGACAGUGUGUAGCAGAAGGUUCUCCUCAGAGAGUCAACGGCAAGGUCAGAGGAAGAAUCUUUGUAGGAAACAACCCCGUUCCAGUUGUGUUUGAGAACACUGAUCUCCACUCCUAUGUUGUGAUGAACCAAGGGCGUGCCUACACUGCUAUCAGCACAAUCCCUGAGACUUUGGGGUAUUCUUUGCUACCUCUUGCCUCUGUUGGAGGUAUCAUAGGAUGGAUGUUUGCUGUGGAACAGCAAGGAUAUAAAAAUGGAUUCAGCAUUACCGGUGGUGAGUUUACACGGCAAACAGAAGUAACUUUUCUCAGCAACAAUGAGAAGCUGGUUGUAAAGCAGAAGUUUAGUGGCAUUGAUGAGCAUGGUCACCUUACCAUCAGCACAGAAAUGGAGGGCAGAAUACCUGAGAUCCCAUCUGGGUCAUCAGUCCAUAUAGAGCCAUACACUGAACUCUACCACACUUCUAGUUCUGUGAUCACCUCAUCAUCCUCGAGGGAGUACACAGUGACAGAGCCAGAAAGGGAUGGAGUUGCUUCCACGUACACAGGUGCCUAUCAGUGGCGCCAGACCAUCUCCUUUGAUGAAUGCAUCCACGAUGACUCCCCACAUUCUGCUCCUGCCACCCAGCAGCUCUCGGUGGACAGUGUGUUUGUCCUGUACAACAGAGACGAGCAGAUCCUGCGAUACGCCAUGAGCAACUCCAUCGGCCCCAUCAGCGAUGGUUCUGCUGAUAUUAACCGGAAUCCUUGCUACACUGGCACUCAUAACUGUGACACCAACGCCGUGUGCCGUCCAGGAACUGGAAAUCGUUUCUUCUGUGAAUGUUCGAUUGGCUUCCGUGGAGAUGGAAAUGUUUGUUAUGAUAUUGAUGAGUGUUCAGAGCAGCCAGGGUUGUGUGGCAGCAAUGCAGAGUGCAACAACCAGCCAGGCACCUACCGCUGUGAGUGUGCUGAGGGAUACCAGUUUGCAGCAGAUGGGCGGACUUGUGUUGCUGUGGAGUAUGUGGUAAACCACUGCCAGAGGGGCACACACAACUGUGACAUUCCCCAGCGUGCUCAGUGUGUGUACACCGGAGGGUCUGCCUACAUCUGCACAUGCCUCCCUGGCUUCUCCGGAGAUGGGCGUGCCUGUGAGGAUGUAGACGAAUGUCAACAGGGCCACUGCCAUCCAGCUGCUUUUUGCUACAACACCCCUGGGUCCUUCAGCUGCCACUGCAAGGCAGGUUAUCGUGGGGAUGGUUUCCGAUGUGUGUUAGGAGAAGUAGAAAAGACCAAAUGCCAGCGUGAACGUGAAGUAGCUCUUGGCAGUGGAGGUGCUUUCUUCCCAAGGGAUGCAAGAGUUGGUCACUUCAUUCCCCAGUGUGAUGAGCAUGGGCAUUACCUACCCACUCAGUGCCAUGCUGGCAGUGGGUAUUGUUGGUGUGUGGAUAGGGAUGGGAAUGAGAUUGAUGGCACCAGAAGCGGCCCAGGAGUUCGACCACCAUGUCUGAGCACAGCUGCUCCUCCUGUUGUUAUUGGGCCCUCUGUUCGACCAGACACAGUACCUCUGCCACCAGGAACACACUUGCUUUUUGCCCAAAGUGGUAAAAUUGAACAUGUUCCUCUAGAGGGAAACAAUAUGAAGAAAAGCAGUGCAAAAGCACUCUUGCAUAUUCCAGACAAAGUUGUUAUUGGAGUUGCUUAUGACUGCGUGGACAAGAUGGUUUAUUGGACAGACAUCAGUGGCCCUUCAAUCAGCAGGGCCAGCCUGCAUGGUGGGGAGCCAAUGACCAUAAUCAAAACAGAUUUGGGAAGCCCUGAAGGGAUAGCUGUAGAUCACCUAGGUCGCAACAUCUUCUGGACUGACUCUCAGCUGGAUAGAAUAGAAGUGGCCAGGCUGGAUGGGCGCCAGCGUCGCAUCCUUUUUGACACUGGUUUGGUGAACCCCAGGGCAAUUGUCCUGGAUCCUGUGAGAGGAAACUUGUACUGGACUGACUGGAACAGAGAAGCUCCUAAAAUUGAAACUUCAUACAUGGAUGGCACAAACAGAAGAAUUCUUGUCAAAGAUGAUCUUGGGUUACCAAAUGGACUGACAUUUGAUCCUUAUUCCUCAAUGCUGUGCUGGGUAGAUGCAGGUACCAAGAGGCUGGAAUGCAUGAACCCUAAUCAGCUUGGUCGACGAAAGAUUGUUGAAGGGAUUCAGUAUCCUUUUGGGGUUACAAGCUAUGGGAAGAAUUUAUACUAUACAGACUGGAGAAGGGAUGCUGUUGUGGCAGUGGAUCGCACGAUUUCUUUAGAAAAUGACAACUUCCAGCCUCACAAGCGCUCACGACUCUAUGGAAUUACCACAGCCUUUGCUCAGUGCCCAGGAGGACAUAACUACUGUACAGUGAAUAAUGGUGGUUGUACUCACCUCUGCUUGGCUACCCCAGGAGGCCGUACUUGCCGCUGCCCUGACAACACAGUUGGAGUAGAUUGCAUAGAAAGAAACUGA